AUGAAACCGAACGCCAAGUCGUAUACCUUAUUGAAAAAUUGUUCAAACAAUGACAAUAAAGUCAAUGGCGCGCCCGAUGAGGCCCACCAGCCAUACCCCGGGACCCCCUGUCCCAUACCGGUGCUCAAAGUGAGUGAUGAGCGCCGGUUUGAACUAGAUAUAGAUGCACUCGAGGCCAUACUAUUGCGCGACUCGAUCCGUGACAAACCCCUUGUGGUGGUCAGUAUUGCCGGCGAUUUUCGUAAAGGCAAGUCCUUUAUGCUGAACUUUUUCCUGCGAUACCUGCAGUCCAGUUGCGGCACAACCGACGACUGGCUCGGCUCGACAGACACCUCUAUGAAAGGGUUCGCGUGGAGGGGCGGCGCAAAACUGGUCACCACAGGUAUAUUGAUGUGGUCGGAGCCGUUUGUCAUUAAACUAGAUGACGGCCAGGAGGUGGCCAUCGUUUUGAUGGACACUCAGGGGGCGUUCGACUCGGAGUACACCUUCAGUGACUCGGCCACUGUGUUCGCGCUCUCCACUAUGACCUCAUCAAUACAGGUGUUCAAUCUGAUGCACAAUCUCCAGGAGGACAACCUCCAAAUGUUGCAGUUUUUCGCAGAGUACGGCCGACUGGCGCUCGAGUCCACCGGCGAUAUACCCUUCCAGAAGCUCAUGUUUCUCAUCCGGGACUGGAGCUUCCCAUACGAUCACCCGUACGGUCAGAGUGGGGGCGAUAUGUUUUUGGAAGAAAAGUUGGCCAUUAAGGAGAAACAGCCAAUAGAGUUGCAGCGAAUAAGACAAAACAUACGCGCUUAUUUUUCCGAUAUUGGCUGCUAUUUAAUGCCAUAUCCGGGCAGAGAAGUGGCCAUUAAUAAGGAUUUUGACGGCCGAGUGGCCGAUAUUGACUCGGAGUUUGUCGACUAUCUGAAGACGUUUGUGCCGCUGAUGUUAGACCCCAAGAAUGUGGUCGUGAAGGAGAUCGGCGGCCGUCAGGUCACCGGCAAAGAUUUGUUGGAGUACUUCAAAGUGUAUUACAAUGUUCUAAAAAGCGGAACACUACCCGAACCUAGUUCAAUGCUAGAGGCCACCGCCGAGGCAAACAACCUGGCCGCAGUGCUUACAGCCAAAGAUGCAUACCUGGCCACGAUGGAGGCCAUCUGUGGCAAGGGAGAGAAAUGCAUGAGCCCGACAAAUCUCUUAAAAUUUAACGAAAAACUUCGGGCUGAUGCUAUUAAACAGUUUGACGAGAUCAAAAAGUUUGGCGGCCGAGAGUUCUCCACAGCCUAUAAAAAUAAGUUGAUGGCCGAUUUGGACCAAACGUUUGAUACAAUUGCAUCAUUGAAUGCGAUUAAAUUUUCUGAAUAUAACAAAAGGUUAUGUUUUUAA